AAGCAGACGCGCCACUGGCCACAAUUCAGUCGAACACUUACGGCGCUAGCAAUCGGACGCGUUUCAAAACUUGCUCUCUGCCUUCUGCCACAACAGAGCCCAAGUCUGCCACAAUCUGCUUCUGCUUCUGCAGAGCCCCUCUCCGUUUCCGUUUCUGCCUCUGUGACUGUCUCUGGAAAGUCCACUCCGCGGGAAAACUUACAACAGCAGCGGCACCAAAUCGUUGGCCAGAAAGAGUCGUCGAGCAAACAGGAAGUCGCAGGAAAUCAGACUCGCUGUCGCCCCAACAUGAUCUUGCGAAAGACCAUCGCUGGCCAGCUGCUGCAGCUGCUCGCCCUCAUCAUCAUCCAUGCCUCCUGCCACACCCUGACCAGCGCCAAGACGGUGAACCCUGGCGGCGGAGAGCUCCAGCAGCAGCCACAACUGGAGCAGCAGCAGCCGAUCCAGGGUCUGCCCGAGCCGAGAGCCUACAUGCCGGAUUCCCAGAACCUGGACUUUGUCUACCACGAUCACGAGGAGCUCACGCGCUUCCUGAGAGCCACCAGUGCCAGGUAUCCCAACCUGACGGCCCUCUACUCGAUUGGCAAGUCCAUCCAGGGCCGUGAUCUCUGGGUGAUGGUGGUCAGCUCGUCGCCGUACGAGCACAUGAUCGGCAAGCCGGACGUCAAGUACGUGGGCAACAUCCACGGCAACGAGCCCGUGGGCCGCGAGAUGCUGCUGCACCUCAUCCAGUACUUUGUGACCAGCUACAGCUCGGACCAGUAUGUCAAGUGGCUGUUGGACAACACUCGUAUCCACAUUCUGCCCACCAUGAAUCCGGAUGGCUAUGCGGUGUCCAAGGAGGGCACCUGCGAUGGUGGUCAGGGCAGAUACAAUGCCCGCGGGUUCGACUUGAACCGCAACUUUCCGGACUACUUCAAGCAGAACAACAAACGCGGGCAGCCGGAGACGGAUGCGGUCAAGGACUGGAUAUCCAAGAUACAGUUCGUGCUGAGCGGCAGCCUCCAUGGAGGUGCGUUGGUGGCCAGUUACCCCUACGACAACACGCCAAACUCCAGGCUGCUCAAAGGGAUCUGCCGUUCGUCCGCCCUGUGCGCGAUGUUCCAGACCUAUUCGGCGGCCCCCUCGCUGACUCCCGACGACGAUGUGCUGAAGCAUCUGUCGCUGGUCUAUGCCCGGAACCAUGCCAAGAUGUCCCGUGGAGUAGCCUGCAAGUCGGCCACGCCGGCCUUCGAGAACGGCAUCACCAAUGGAGCGGCCUGGUAUCCCCUAACGGGAGGAAUGCAGGACUACAAUUACGUGUGGUAUGGCUGCAUGGAGAUCACGCUGGAGAUCUCCUGCUGCAAGUUCCCGCCCGCCUACGAGCUGAAGAAGUACUGGGAGGACAAUCAGCUGUCACUCAUCAAAUUCCUGGCCGAGGCGCAUCGUGGUGUCCAGGGCUUUGUCUUCGAUCCGGCGGGCAUGCCCAUUGAGCGGGCCUCCAUCAAGAUCAAGGGACGCGACGUUGGCUUCCAGACCACCAAGUACGGCGAGUUCUGGCGCAUUCUCCUGCCCGGCUACUACAAGGCAGAGGUCUUUGCCGAGGGCUUUGCCCCCCGCGAGGUGGAGUUCGUCAUUGUGGAGCAGCACCCCACGCUGCUAAAUGUGACGCUGCAGUCCUCAAAGCCGUACCUGGUGGCCUCUUCAGUUGCCUCCAGCGUCACCACAGCCAAGACGCGUCGGGUGAACGACAAGCUGCAGUUGGCCGCUGACUAGAUCGGAGCCCCCUCUGAACCGAGCUCCCGGUGUGAAUGGCUGGCGUGUAAAUACAGUCGGAAGUGCUUUAGUCUUAAGGUGUGCUAACAAUACCCUAACCCGAUAUGACCUCCGAAGCUCCUAGUAAUCCUCAUCCCCCCACUCAUAGACAUACUUAUUUUCCACAUUCCCACUCCAAUACGCCAACAAUGUUCUACUCGUACCUAGUUCCGCCAUUAGUUUCUUCUUUACUUAUGCACACUUUUUAGAUCCAACCUUUGUUUCUCUUAAGAAUACAUUUGGUUCAUCCUUUAGUUCCUGCCUGUAGUUCCUCCGCUUUCCAAGUAGUUUGUAGAGAAUGCUCGAUGGGAAUACUAUGUUUAAAUUGUAAGAGUUGUUCUGGUGUAAGAAAACGAAAACCCAUGCCAUACGCUUAA